CCAUGACUGGAGUUUAGACGGUGCAUCUAUCUUCCUGUUUGGUCCAUCGAGAAUGCCUUUUGGUCCAAUGUCAAGCAGCCCCAAGCUGAUUCGAUGGGUCGGUUACGUAGUUCAACAUCAUGACGCCAGGGUGACACAAGAGACAAGAAGUUUGGUUGGCAUAGUACUAUAUAGUGAUGGGACAAGCUGCUUGUGUUUUAUUAUUCCUUGGACUGCCAUCUACCUUUGCACCUCAAUAUCAUUGUAGGAUUUAUUGACAAACGCACUCAAGGCGCGCGGGAUAAUAUGUCGUCGGCAACUGGCAAGGAAGGUACCUUUAAGCCGCCACAGGCAGCUCAGAGCCAAGCUAAGCCGGGCCUGGAGAAGAAAAUGGCACCAGCGAGUGAAGCCACCAAGCUGGAAUCGAGUGGCGCUUUCGUUGAAUAUGUCGGUUCCGGAAAGUUGAAGGGCAAAACAGCCCUCAUCACGGGCGGCGACUCCGGAAUUGGCCGAUCAGUCGCGGUCCUAUUUGCUCGAGAGGGCGCCGACGUCACGAUUGCCUAUUUGCCCGAAGAGCAAGAUGAUGCCCUGGACACCAAGAAAAUGGUAGAGGCCGAGGGCAAGUCAUGCCAUCUCUUCAGUGGAAACCUCGCCAACCGCGAGACAUGUCGCAAGGUGGUUGAAGAGCAUAUGAGCACGUACAAAAAGCUGAACAUCCUCGUCAACAACGCCUCCAAGCAGUACAUGUGCAAGGAUUUGGCGCAGAUCGACCUCGACAAUGUCACCGACACAUUCGAAAGCAAUAUUAUCCAGAUGUUUGCCAUCACCAAAUUCGCACUCCCGCAUUUGUCCAAGGGAGACUCCAUUAUCAAUACCACCUCCACCGUGGCAUUCCGAGGAACAAGCGGCAUGGUAGACUACAGUGCCACCAAAGGUGCCAUUGUCAGCUUUACCAGGUCCUUGGCAGCGCAAUUAAAGCCAAAGGGCAUCCGCGUUAAUGCAGUCGCCCCUGGUCCAGUGUAUACACCCAUCCAAGUCGACACUCGAGAGGCCGAGGAAAUGGAGGACUUUGCGUCCGCUUCUUCCAUCGGUCGACCCGGUCAGCCGAGCGAAGUCGCGACAAGCUUCAUCUUUCUGGCCAGCACCGAUGCUGCGCUUUUUUACGGUCAAGUCCUGCACUGUUAUCCCCUGGGAGACUGAAUGGCUGAAUGUCUAUUUCGUGAAACCACACCACAUAAGUUGUCGCAAAAAUGAUGUCCUCAUAUGUACCGGCCUGGUGCCGAGGUGCUGGCCCUAAUACAAACCCUUCAGACAUUCAGAAGGGGAGAUA